AUGUCCGUGGCGGCGGGGGUCAGCGAUGCGGCCAUCGCGGUGCGCGACAAGCUCCGGGGCAAGAUCGGCCAGACCAAGGUGAAGCGCUACUGGCCCGGGAAGAAGCCCGAGUGGGCCGAUGAGGCCGAGGACGACAUCGACCUCCGGGCGGCCAGGGUCUCCCUCGACGAGGCCUUCCCCAAGGCCGAGGAAGGGGACCGGGACCGGGACCGGCCCCCCAAGGACGACCGGCGGCUCCGGCGGCUCGCGGAGACGCGCGCGGAGAACAAGGAGGAGCUCCGGGCCGACCACCGCCGCAUCCGGCAGGCUGAGAUCGUGUCCACCGCUGAGGAGGAGCGGGACAGGCAAGAGGCCCAGGUGGAGGAGGAGGACGACGAGGACGCGCAGGAGGAGCGGCGGCGGAGGAUCAAGGAGCGGCAGCGCCUCAGGGCGCAGGAGGAGGAGGAGCUGCUCCCGCAGGAGGAGGAGCCGCUCGAGGAUGACGUGCAGGAGUCGGAGGAGUCCGAGUACGAGACCGACUCGGAGGAUGAGCAGAUGGGCAUGGCCAUGGUGAAGCCCGUCUUCAUCCCCAAGGCGCAGCGGGACACCAUCGCCGAGCGCGAGCGGCUGGAGGAGGAGGAGCGGCAGGUGGAGGAGACCAUCAGGAAGAGGCUCGAGGCUAGGAAGAUCGAGACCAGGCAGAUUGUGGUGGAGGAGAUUAGGAAGGAUGAGCACAUUCAGAAGGCGCUCAACGAGGAUGCUAGCGUCGAGGAUGUCGACACGGAUGAUGAGCAGAACGAAGCUGAGGAGUACGAGUCAUGGAAGAAUCGUGAGAUGGCGCGGAUUAAGAGGGACAGGGAGGAAAGGUAUGCACGGUUGAAGGAGAAGGAAGAGAUUGACAAGGUGAGGAAUAUGACUGAGGAGGAGCGCCGGGAAUGGGAGAAGAAGAACCCCAAACCUUCUCUCCAGAAGUCCAAACAGAAGUGGAACUUUAUGCAGAAGUACUACCACAAGGGUGCCUUCUUCCAGGAAGGCGGUGAUGACGUGAGCCAGUCAGCUGGUAGAGAUGCUAUAUACACCCGUGAUUUCUCUGCGCCCACCGGUGAAGAUAAGAUGGACAAGAGCAUCUUGCCUAAGGUCAUGCAAGUCAAGCAUUUCGGGCGGAGUGGCAGAACAAAGUGGACACAUCUUGUUAAUGAGGACACUACCGACUGGGAUGCACCAUGGGCUACAAACGGGCCGCUGCGAACAAAAUAUAAUGCAAAAAUGGCGGGCAUGAAUGCACCUAUUGCUAAACCAAAGGGAAGUAAGAAGAUGAAGGAUUGGGAUACGAAACGAGAUGAUUAA